CCUGUGCAGACCCCUUCUUCUCGGUCUACUGCUGCUACUGCUGCCCGCACGGAUAUGUCUGUCAUCCUUGUAACUGGUUCCUACGAUCACGAAAUUCGCUUCUGGGAGGCCUGGAGCGGUAUUUGUUCCCGGACUAUACCCAGGGCUGCUGAAUCUGGACAAGUCAACCGACUCGCAAUCUCCCCUGACAAACGACUCUUGGCUGCAGCCAUCCACAAGAAGGCAUACAUUUACGAGAUCGCUGCAGCGCCAUCUGCGGGACCGGUUGCGAUUUAUGAGGGCCACAAUGGUAAUAUCACCGCUGUGUGCUUCCAUAGCGAAGGGAAGUGGUUGGUGACUGGCAGCGAGGAUGGCACCAUCAAGAUUUGGGACCUUCGAAGUAGCAGUCACCUGCAUCGCAACUACGACAACGAAGCCCCAGUGAACGACGUAGUGGUACAUCCCAAUCAGGGCGAGCUUAUCUCAUGCGACCAAGCUGGGAGGAUCAAGCAGUGGGACUUGUCGGAGAACAUUUGCACUCACGAGUUGACUCCAGGAGGAGAUACGCCGAUGCGUUCCAUAAGUCUCGCUUCUGACGGCUCCUGCCUCGUCGCGGGUAGUGUCAAGGGAAAGUGCUAUGUAUGGAAGAUCAACGAUGAGAGAUCGGACCUACCAAGGUUCCAGGCCGUCACCAUGUUCCAAGCUCACACGAAGUACCUCACCCGGCUACUGUUAAGCCCUGAUGUCAAAUAUCUUGCGACCUGUUCUGCUGAUACCACCGUAAAAAUCUGGUCAAUAUCGCCAAACUAUGAAUUUAAGCUGGAUAAGACAUUGCAAGGUCACCAACGCUGGGUCUGGGACUGUGCAUUCAGCGCCGACUCCGCAUAUCUAGUGACAGCGUCCUCCGACCACACAGCGCGGCUGUGGGACAUGUCGACGGGAGAAACGGUACGGCAAUACAAUGGACAUCAGAAAGCGGUGGUCUGUUGUGCGUUGCACGAUGGGGCAGGCUAGAUUUGCACCCCGUUCUCCUCGUGUCUCGAGCAUGCAGGGAAUCUACGCUGUGGUGGAUGAGCCCUUUGUACCGGUAUUCUUUUGCGAAGCCAUAAAAGGC